ACGGAGUGCCCUGAUUGCUAGUGAGCAUCAGUGGACAACGGUACUCCAAGGCAUGAUCUUUGUGCCUACGGAAACGCAGGCGGAACCGACACAGGCGGAGGCAGAGAGAAUAACCUGGCUACCGUGAUGUUGAACGUAAUGAGGGGAGUAAUGUGGAACAAAAAACUACUGCAGGCACACCUGCACGCGGAUCGUCAGCAAAGACAGCAGUACCAGCAAGACCUGGCCGCUGUAACAGCCGACGUCCGCGACGCAGCARUGCAGCAGCAGCAACAGCAACAGCUGAUGAACUCUACCAUCGCACGCAUCAACGACAUUGAGGCCAAGGCCUCAGCAGCGCCAGGCUGCACGACGGACGCGACGAAGCAAAUCAACGAACGCAUCGAUCACGUCGUCACCAUCAUCGGCGACAUAGGUGUUUUCAACGGACCGGACACGAUCAGCAGCACGGUGGCCGCCCUCAAGACGGACAUCACCAAGCUACAGACGAGACCGGACGCCGCUACAAAGACGUUCAAGAUGCCGCACUUCGACAUCUGCAAGUUCGACGACUACAACAAGUCGGACGCUUUGACAUGGUGGCAACGCUCCCUCACGGAAGCGUCAUGCCGCACUGUCCCGGCAAACGACAUGUUGAAGGCACUCUAUUUGCAACUGAUUGGAGGAGCGCAGGCAUGGAUGAACCACCUGGCAGCCACCCACAAGUGCACCAUCGCCGAACUCCACACGCACAUCACAUGGCAGGAGUUCGAGCAGCUAUGGUUCACCCGGUUCAUGGUCCGCAACGUCGUGAAGGCGGCCAUGAAUGAGGUAUACACAUGCUCUCAGGGGAACAUGCCAACUCGAGACUGGACAACGAAGUGGCAAAAGAUAGUGACCACGCCAGGAUUCGAUUUGAGUUUUCCAAAUCAACGAUCCGAGUUCUUCUCGCGAUCRUGCGCGGGAUUGCGGUCGGCACUCGGUAAUGAGUACGACUAUACCACAUUCCAGGCCAUUCUGGAUCGAGCGAACUUGGUCAUCCAAACGGACGACAAGGCCGCUAACGAGAGACAAUCCCAGCCGCAUUAUGUGGCUAAGCAGGCCUAUCAACGUCCGGCACAUAACAAUGCCGUAAUUUCCGAGGAAACCGACGACCACCACGCUGCAGCAGCAUCCUCGGGUGAUGGAGGAAUUGUGGUAGCGCUCCCGCCGAAGCGUCCCAAGAGAGUUCGUAAGAACAAGGAGACACAAGAGACGGCAGCGACGGGAGCUGGGCAGCAGCCAUGGACGGCAUAUAAGAUCACCAAGGAGGUCUAUGACCUACGUCAGAAGUACGGAUACUGCCUUUGGUGCAACGGAGUCACCCAUGUGACCGCACAAUGCCCCGAAAAGGGCAAGGCACGCGUACCCCGUCCAGCAAACUCGGGAAACYGAGUUACGCAAGGAGAGGGGCGACGUCUCUCCUCACUCCGCCGGACCCGGUUGCCUUGCUAGCAAUCGAUGUCACUACCGGGGAGCAUGCGUUAGUCG